AUGUCAGCAGCAGCAGACGCUGCAGCAGCAGCAGCAGCAGCAGCAGCAGCAGCAGCAGGGGGGGGAGAAGCAGCAGCAGCAAUACUAGCAGCAGCAGGCGAAGCAACCCCCGAGGGUUUAGAGCUCUGCUCUCUUUAUGCGUGGUUAGAUAGUUUGCCUCUCUCUCGGCCAAAGAGAAACCUCCCUAGGGAUUUUGCUGAUGGCGUGCUGAUGGCGGAGGUCGCCAACCACUGCAUCCCCCGCAUCGCUGACCUUCACAACUACAGCACAGCAAAUUCGUUUCAGCAGAAGCGCUACAACUGGGAAACCCUUUCAGAAAGGGUUUUUAAGAGAGUGGGGCUGAAACUCACUGCAGCAGAAAUCGAUAGAGUUGUUUCAGCUCGCCCGGGAGCAGCAGAAAGUAUAAUACUUCGUUUCAAGCAACGCGCUGCGCACCGCAAGCCCCUCCUCGGCCUACAAGCCAGCAAGAAUGGGCGGCGCUUCUAG